AUGCAGUCCAAGCUCCUCUUCGCCCUCUCGGCCGCUGCCGUCGCACCAGCCGCCGCUGAGCAGGUGCUCGGCGUGUACAUCUUCCACCGCCACGGAGACCGCACGGCCAAGUCAUGGAGCCCCGUCAACCUGACUCCUCUUGGUGCCGACCAGGUCAAGAGCUCAGCCGACUUCUUCCGUAACCGCUACAUCGACGACGGCGCCUCUCUGCAAAUUGCCGGCAUCAGCGUCGACAAGGCCGUCCUCUCCCAGCUCGCCAUCACGGCCCCGGUGGACAAUGUGCUGCAGAACUCGGCUGGCGUCUUUGCGCAGUGGCUGUAUCCCCCCAACAAGGCUGCCGGUUCCACCAAGCUUGCCAACGGCACCACCGUUGUAGCUCCUCUUGACGGAUAUCAAUAUAUCCCAGUCAAUACCGUGGCCUCUGCCAGCUCAUCCAACUCGGAGAGCAGCGCCUGGCUUCAAGGCAGCAGUGGCUGCAGCGGUGCCGUCGUCAGCUCGAACAACUAUUUCCUGAGCCCUGAAUAUCAGAGCACCUUUAGUGAUACCAAGGACUUUUACCAGGGCCUGCUGCCUGUUAUCAACACCACCUUCAACUCUAGCACGGCCACCUUCAAGAAUGGCUACACAAUCUUUGACUACAUCAAUGUCGCCACAAUUCACAACUCUUCCAUCCCCUCUGACAACCUCCUGACCAAAUCCACCCUUUCUAGCCUCUAUGACUAUGCCUCUAUUCAUGAGUGGAACCUCGCUUACAACAGCAGCGAUCCCGUCCGCGCCAUUGCUGGUUCCGUCCUCGCUGGCCAGAUUAUGACUGCUCUCCAGGGCAUCGCCAGCGGCAACGCCGUCCCCAAGUUCAACAUCCAGUUUGGUGCCUACGGUGCCUUCAUGUCCUUCUUCGGACUUGCUCAGCUGCCCGCUGUCAAUAGCGAUUUCUACGGCAUUUGCAACUAUGCCUCCUCCAUGGUGCUCGAGCUUGUCGCCCCCAGCGCCACUCAGCUCUCCGAGGAUGAUCUCACCGUUCGCUUCCUCUGGUCCAACGGCACUGCUGCCGAGAACGGCCUCAAGACCUACCCUCUGUUUGGCCAGAGCAAGACUACCAUUAGCUGGAACGACUUCAAGGCUGGCAUGAACAAGUUUGCUGUCGCCAACACCUCCGACUGGUGCACUACCUGCGGCAACACUGACGGAACCUGCGCCUCCAACUCUACCGCCAGCGCUUCGUCUGCCAAGUCUUCUGACAACAGCAACAUCACCAAGCCCGUUGCCGGUGUCAUCGGUGCUCUCGUCACUCUGGGUGUCAUCCUUGGCGUUGAGGCCCUCAUCAUUCUGCUUGGUGGCCUGCGCCUCGUCAAGAAGUCGACUCUGGCUAAUGCCCGAUCAGGAGCCGCCUCUCCUGGAGCUGACAAAGCAUAA